AUGCCUCGCUCCCCGCCACGCCUCCUCUCGGCCCUCCUCGCCCUCUCGCUACUCCUCGUCCUCGGCGCACGCCUCUUCCCCCCACUCCGCUACCUCCUCUGGAGCUUCCUGCUCGGCGGCGCCUGCACCCUCCUCGGCCUGCUGGCUCUGCUGGCCCUCACCGCCAAUCAACACCCCCCCGACAGCGCCCUCCGCACCAUCAAGCCCCUCGCCUUCACCCACCCCACCAAGUGGACCGCUUCCCUCGACGCCCUCACCACCGCCGACACCUUCCACCGCACACCCCUGCACCCACCCUCCUUCCUCCUCUCCGACACGCUCGACUCCCUCAUCGACACCAUCCUCCGCACCUUCGUCACCUCCUGGUACCGCAACAUCACCCCCGACCCCUCCUUCCCCACACACCUCGACCGCACCAUCCGCCACGUCCUACAAACACUCCAAUCCCGCCUCGCCCCACUCGACCUCGUCUCCAUCACCGUCUCGCGCAUCGUCCCCCUCCUCACCGCGCACCUCCACGACUUCACCGCCGCAGAGCGCCUCGUCCGCGGAAAGAACCUCAACAAGAACCUCACAGAGAGCGCCGAGCUCGACCUCGCCAUCGCCGCAAAGUACCGCGAGGGCCGCCUCCACCCCGCCGCCGGCCUGCGCAACUCGGACACGCACGCCGCGCAGACGGCGCAUCUGCGCAGCCUCGUCGAGCGUGUCCUGCCGCACCUGCUGCCCCAAGAGGAGCUGGCGUCGCCGCUCGUGCGCGUGCUGGUGCGGGAGCUGGUCGCGGGCGCGGUGCUCGCGCCUGUCUUGGCUAUGCUGGCCGAGCCGGACUUUUGGAAUCAGUUUGUCGAGGCGAUCGGCCGCUCCACACUGCAAGACCGCAAGACCGUGCGCAAGCUCCGCGCCGCACUCGACCAGCACGCCACUCCCGCCGCAACCAAGCGCUCCUCCUCCUCCUCAACGGCCGGACAACAGGCGCCGCAAAAACCGUUCGUGCGCCUCGGCCCCAAAGACGACGAACGCACGUUCGAGCGCUUCAUCCGCUCCAUCCGCCUCUGCACGAACCUGAGCGACGCGCGGCGGCUGCGCAACGAGAUCAGCGCGCAGCUGAAGCGCGAUGGGCGCGUGGAGGGGAACGAGGGGUGGGCGGUGUAUCUCAAGCGCCUGGAGACGGGCAAGCGGGUUGUGGACCAGAAGGUUGCGUCGUUGUCGGCGGCGGCGGCCGGGGGAGGGGUGGGAGGAGGAGCGGGAGCGGGAGCGGGUGGGGGGGGACCGGGGGGACCGCUGAGGAGUAUGAGUGAGACGUUUGUGGGCGGGAGGAAGGCACCGAGUCGGUUGGAGAGUGCGACGCUGGAUCAGGUGUUGAGGGACUCGGCGGGGUUGUCGUAUUUCAUGGAACACAUGGACCGCCAAAAGCACCUCGCCCACGUCCAAUUCUGGCUGGUAGUCGACGGCCUCCGCAACCCCCUCGAAGAAGACAUCACCUCCAGCGACUCCGAAUGCGAGUCCGUCUCCACCACCACAACCUCCAUCCCCCCCUGGACCCCCUCCGACCGCAACGACCUCGCCCAGAUUCAUGACGCAUACCUCUCCAUCCCCGAGCUGCACAUCAGCGACCGCUCGCGCGCAGCCGUCAGCGAGUUCCUGGCCGCCGGAAGCAAGGCAACACAGGCGCAGUAUGUCAAGGCCCGCGCGGCGAUCCUGCGCGCCCAGACGGGCGUGUUUGAGGAGAUGCAGAAGAAGGACUUUGUGGACUUUCGCGCGAGCGGCCUGUUUUAUAAGUAUCUUGCCUCUGACGAGGCGGGCGCCGCCGCUGGGGCGUCCGCGGCGGCAAUGGCAACGGUAACGACAGACCUGCACCGGAGCAGUAGCUGGACCGAUACCGCGCACGCUGCCACUAGCACUUCCUCGCCCACCGAUCUCACCACCAUGGAAGACUCGCUCAGCUCCUCGCGGCACUCGCUCGACGGCCCCAGGGCGGAGCUAGAUGACUGGGACCAGGACGCACUCAGCGCCUCCCGCACCUCCCUCGAAGACCGCCGCAACAGCGCCAACGGCACGCCCGAGAACGGCAUCGUCGAGGCCAUGGAGGCCGCGCUCAACGACAUCAUCGACUCGCUCGGCCUGGUAGGGGGCAGCACCCGCGACGCCGUCUUUGCGGACGAGCUGUUCCCCGACGACGACGCGCCCGAGUAUGCGUCCGACCCGUCCGGCGGCGAGGAGGAGGACGACGACGACGGCGUGGUGCAUCAGGCGGCGCCCGGCGACCUCGGGCUGGCGGAGGCGAUCAGUGCGCUGAGCUUUGAUAUUGGCAAGUUGGGGGGGCAGGAGGCGGUGGUGGAGAGUCUGCUGAGGAAGGCGGAGCUGACGGGGAAUGUGGUUGAGUUGCGGAUUUUGAGGAAGAGUCUGGCGAGUUUGCAGAGGGAGGUGAGGAGGAAGGAGCUGCAGAGGCAGAUGUAUAUUGUGCAGGAGAGUGAUAAUGGGUUGUUUGGACGAUCAACCAUCCGCAUCAAAAGCACCAUGGUCGGCAACGAGAACGGGCAAGAGUACGCACUGUACAUAAUCGAAGUGCAACGAAAAGGCGGCGAACAGAUGCCGGCGGCCCAAUGGGCCGUGGCCCGCCGCUACAGCGAGUUCUUCCAGCUCAACCAGGCCCUGCGCGCGCGCUUCGACUCGGUCAAGGCGCUCGACUUUCCCCGCCGCCGCGUGGUCAUGAAGCUCCAGAAGGACUUUCUCGAGAAGCGGAGGGUCGCGCUGGAGAAGUACCUCAAGUCUGUGUUACUGAUACCCGACGUCUGCCGCUCCCGCGAGCUCCGCGCCUUCCUCAGCCAACAAAGCAUCGCCCCGGCGCUACCGGGCUCCCCCUCCUCCCGCCGCGCCGGCAACGGCACAAGCGGCACCGACAUCAUCAGCCGCCUCUACAGCACGCUCGCCGACGGGAUGGAAGACGUCCUCGGCACACUCCCGCCGCUGCCCACCGACACCUCGUCGUCGUCGUCCAAAGCACGCGUCGACGCAGCAGAGGCCGAAAAGGAGCUCAGCGCCUUCGAGGACAAGGAGCUCGAGCCGUUCGUGAAGCCCAUCUGCGACCUCUUCCUCGAGGUAUUUGAGCUCAACCGCGGGCGCAGCGGGUGGCUAAGGGGUCGGGCCGUCGUGGUGGUGCUGCAUCAGCUGCUCGGGGGCACGAUUGAGAGGAAGGCGAGGGAGCAGGUCAGGGUCGUGACGGGCGAGGAGAGCGUUAUUGGGUAUGUGAAGAUGCUGAGGGAGGCGUUGGUGCCAGGGGUGGAGAGGAAGGUGAGGACGCAGAAGGAGAGGGUGAGGACGAGGGAGCAGGCGGGGGCUAUGUUGGCGACGUUGUUGCCUGAUGUGGCUGCGAGUGUGGUGGGAAGAGCUAAUGCGCAGGCCGCGGGGCGGAGACUCUUUGCUGCGUUUAACAACCAGCGUUUGAAUACAUCAAUCAUCUACGCCAUCGUCGACGAGAUUGUCGCCGCUGUUUUUAACGAUCCCAAGCAGCCGUGA